AUGCAGGUUAGUAAAGCUUACAGUCUUUUUUCUAAGAAGUCUAGCAAUCGUUUCCUGCUUCAGCUGCCGAGCCCGCACUGCUACCUUCUUGUCGCUCUUGAGUGUUCUGAUGUAAUUCGUGCUUUGUUGAUGAUGUCGGGUGAUGUCGAAAGCAACCCGGGCCCGGACUCCGAUGCUUUACUAGCUGAAUUGAAGAACUUGUCUGCUGGACAGUCGCAAUUAAUCAGUCAGGUUCAAGACCUGAAAACUCAUCUAGUGUCGACGGACAAAGCUAUUGCUGAUCUGGGCAGGCGCAUGACUGAUCUAGAGGGGCAUUAUCAAAAUCUUGUCUCCCUACGCUCUGACUUCGAAACCGUGAAAACGUGUACCGCUCAAGUGGCCACCGUGGUACACAGGCUUGAAACGCGUAUUGAUGACGCCGAGAACCAGUCACGACGCAAUAAUCUUAUUUUUUAUGGCCUCCCUGAAUCAACUGGAUCAGAGACGUUUGCCCAGACCGAGCAACUUAUCAUCAAGCACUGCCAGGAUCAUUUGAAUAUUUGUAUCGAGCCGAAAGAAAUUGAGCGCGCACAUCGUCUCGGUCAUCGCACAGAUACUAACCGCCACCGUCCUAUCAUAGCGAAAUUCACCUUCCAUAAAACAAAAGAAUUGGUUCUUUCUCACGGCUGCAAGUUCAAAGGAACCAGCUUCAGCGUUGGAGAGGAUUUCUCUCGUUCCGUACAAAACGCUCGCCGGCAUCUCGUUACUUUCGCUAAAAGCAAAUCAUUACCUUUCUCUCUGCGAUUCAAAACACUGCAUAUGGGCCAUAAGCGCUACGUCUACGACGAGCAAACACAAUCUGUCAAAGAAAUAAUAUAGCAAUUUGCCCGUCGUAAAAAUGUCCGUUGCACUGUUAAGCCCAAAUCUAACAUAUCAUUGUCUGUAAUCUUUACGAACGCACGCAGUUUCCUUCCAAAACGUGACGCUUUUUCCAACCUUGUUUUAUCAUCCAACAGUAAUAUAAUGGUGAUAACCGAAACGUGGCUAACAGAAGAUAUAACAGAUACAGAAGUACUAGCCGACCUACCGG